AAGCGGCUAUAUAGCCAACGGUAGGCGCCUUUGAAAGAAGCCAUUUUGUAUUUUUUUUUUGCGGCUCGCGUUGGAGGAUCCUGCGUUAAAGCGGCCGGCCAGAAGGGGGGUGGCCGCGCUGGAGGAGACUAUCCCUGGCAGCUGUUAAGUUUUGAUCUCGUUAACCGCUUGUGUCCCAGCAUGUCUUCCCUGGACGAGGUGGCCCAGAGGCGCCGUGUGGCCAUGGAGGGGGAGAAAGUGGUGUAUUCCCGCUCGCAGCUGCUCUGCUCGGCCACCAAGCCGCUGGAGGACGCGUUCGAGGUGUUCGUGCCGGAGUCCAAGCAGUUCAUGAACUCGGACACGGAGCUCUGGAACUUCCUGUGCAGCCUGAAGAACGACUUCUCGCCGGUCGUGCUCCGCAGCAAGGAUGUGUACGGGUACUCGUCCAGCCGCUCGGUGGUGCCGGACCCCAGCCUUAUCUCCCGCGGGAAAUCAAAGGACAAGCCGGCCGCCCAGCCCAAGAAACCGCCUGUCCAGAGGAAGAGGAAAGGGGCAAGACUGACCCUACGGAAACGCCGGCGGGGUAGGACCGGCGGCAGCGAGGAGUCCGGCACCAGUAGCACAAGCGGAGGCAGCAGCGUGUGCAGCAGCCCAACUCCAUCGGAGCUCCCCGGGCUCCUGGGCAUGAACAAAUCCCUGGAGGACAUGUGGAAAGCGGCUAACCACAAACAGACGGUUUUCCCAUCCAUUCGGGUCACCGAUGUCUCCUGCGAGGCCAAAGUAGCCGCUGCCCGAGUGAGGGCGCAGAAGAUCCUGAGGGUCAACCUGCAGCCGGUGGUGGUGAUCAAACGCUCGCCCAUCCUGUCCCCGUCCUGAAGAGACCUCUCGGUUUCUCUACCGGGUGCUCAGCUCUGCUCCCUAUGCACUUUCAUUGCUUGUCUCCGCCUGGAGGCUUUGUGGACAUCACCUACUUGGAGGUUGCGGCUCCGGUAUUCAGUCAACCUGUUUACAUGUCUCUCCAUUGACUUUUCAUGUGAUCACGGCACUUUACUGUAAAGAUUUACUACUUACACAAAGAAGAAAAAAAAAAGGGAUCUUCCUCUUGAGGACUUGUAGUUUUAUUUUAAUUGAGAUCUACGCCGGGAUCCCAAGUUCCCCUCUGCCUGUCUAUACAUAACGGUUGGAUGUAGUUGCAAUAUUGGUUGAGAACCCGUUAAUUGUGUCUAGCGGCUGGUUACCGGGCGACAAAAAGUGCGAGGAAUUCUGCGAACCUCAGAGUUCUACUUCCCUUCCUGUCUGGAACGAUGUGAAACAAGUACUUCGUACAGGGAAUUUGUAUGGAUAGCUAAUCCGUUUAAAGCAACUUGCAUCAAUCCAGAUCAAUUGCUAAUGUGUUUCUCUUAUAGCAUGGGAAGAAUUUACCUACUUUACCCUGAGAGAGGCGCUCUGGUAGCAAUGGGGUUUACAAUGUGAUCCUUUUUAGAAAGCUUGAUAAUCUACCACCUAUUUGCGUUUCCAGGUUUACCGGAGCUGGCAACUAGUCUGCUUAUGCAAAGGAACUUUAAUUCAGGAGUUCCUCUAAAUUAAAGCAUUGUGGCCACUGUUGUUUUUUUUUUCUCCAAUCAGUAACUACCUCAAAAAUCUGGAGUCGCAGAAAAUACUAUUCCAAAGACUAGUUUGUUUUGUGAUCUAUAUCAUUUCACUUUAACAUGUACCACAUUACAAUAUGCCAAGAGGUUUAAAAGACUUGAUGUACGAAUGAGGCUGUGACAGUCUAAAUGCAAGUUUAUGCAAUUUUUUUCCCUCUUAGUUAUUGUUACUUGAAUUGUCAAGGUUAUAACAAGUAUAGGGGGGAACUUGUUACUUUGAUAAGCUUGUGGGUGUUUUUUUUGUUUUUUUUCUUUGUAAUAAUACCUGUUUUAUACCAAGCCAAGUGAACAAUAUAUUUCUUUUCAGUGUUUAAUAAAUAGACUUCACUGAAAGGUAUAUUUUCAGCCGAAA